AUGAGGUACCGCGGCCUCGGCAUGGAGCAGGAGAAGGAACAGGGGGAGUUUCGUCAUUCUGCUGAAUCUGAAGAAUGGCCCCAUGUUGGUGUUCCAGGUAUCGCCGUCACUUGCUUGGCGCAGCGCUUGUACGCAGGCUGCACGCUCCGGUCGGACGGCCCUUGCUUCUACACGGUCACCUGCAGUGAUCCGUCCACAUUCCGGCCCGCCUACGACUGCAGUCACGUAGAUCCCUACGUCACACUUCACAUCAAACAAUCGUCUGUGCACAGUGUGACAGCGAAACACUUUAUUACCGAGUUCGAUUCUUUCGUCAGGAUUUUGUCCGCUAUUGGAAAUGAGUGGCACUAUUUGCAAAACGAGGCAUUGAGCAACUUCAAGAAUGUACUCUACAUGGACCUAUCCGAAAAUCACAUAAAAAUAUUAGGAAACGCUUUUAAUGGCUUAGAACAAAUGGACUCUUUGAAUUUGUCACGGAACCACAUCGCAACUAUAAAACCUGGAGUUUUGCAAUUCUCCGAAAAUAAAAGUCGGCUUUACAUGUUGGAUCUGUCGUACAACUUGUUGACCCAUUUGUCGGAGGAGUCGUUUGUCAAUUUAUACAACUUGAGAAGUUUGUACCUCCAAGGCAACAAGUUGAACACGUUGGGAGACCGCUUCUUCGCGAACUUCAAACAUUUGAGCUACUUGAACCUAUGUUGCAACGACAUGGAAGCGCUCCGCACGAACUUAAAGUAUUUGAAGUUGUUAAAAGAAUUAAACUUAUCGCAUAAUCGUUUGAAGAAAGUUGACAUAACGAAACUAAAGUCACUUGAAACAAUCAAUUUGUCUCACAACGACAUAGAAGACAUUUACUUUGAGGAUUUCAAACAACUUCCACUACAGUGCCUAGACGUCAGUUUUAAUAAAUUACAGAAACUUUACGUCGCAGACAGCGCCGAGGCCGGCAACGCGAGCAAGCCGCUGGUCAAGUUAUAUCUCGACAACAACCACAUAAGUUACGUAGACGAAACGUUCUUUACUGUGUUUAGUUACAUAGCGAUACUCAACUUGGGUUACAAUAACAUUGCUGGAUUCAAGGCCGACACCUUCCGAUAUAGUUACCUCAGACACUCAUAUUGGGAAAGUAUCCCCCCAGCCAAACACGGCCACGAACGUGGUAACCGGCAUAUAGGUGGCCAGCCACCACCGGAGGAAUGGAAUGUCUUUAACCCAUUUUUAUUUCUAUCACCAAAUCUUCAGAAUCUAAUUACUCUCUACGACGCUUGA